AUGGCUGCAGUGGGCGCAUGGCUGGUUUCCAGUCUCCUCGUUCUGGCCGCCGCUGAAGACCUCUCAGGCAUCAGCGGCCUUUUUGAGCGUGGCCCAGACAACCUGGCACUCAGCCGCCUGGAAUCAGACCCAUCACAAGCUGACAGCAGUGAGACGCUGGACAGCUCAGAAAGGAACAGAAAGACAUGCAGAGGAUGCGAUUGCUACAAGCGUUGGAUGGGCCAGGACUUUCCUGGCCUGAACUUCUGCACCAACCACAACACCGCUUGGGAGUCAGCUGCAGGAAAGGCACCAGACAUGAAAUGCAUGGUCGCCGACUCGAAAUGCGAAGGUAGUGCUGAGGGUUCAUGUGCACCAAACUGCCCGCGAUACACCACCAAUGGAUGCACUUGCGUCAAGGACUGGUCUAUGGAGGGACAUGGGGAAUGCCAUGAUUCCUGCUGCAAUCCGACCAACACAGACGCAGAGUGGUGCAUGGUGGCGGAUUCGAGCUGUCAAGGCAUGCAGUGGGGACCAUGCGCACCUGGUCCAGUGCAGCAUCCCAAAGAGCGGGUUACAAAAAAGGGGUGCAAGUGCGCCAACGGCUGGACGGUUGAGGCAGAUGGCGCAGUGCAGCAUUGUCAUACUUUCUGCUGCACGCCGUCUGGCCUUGGAGUCGACGGCGAAGUCUGCGUUGUGGAGGAUGAGGACUGCGAGGGAUUGAACAUCGGACGAUGCCGGCCUUGA